GGUGUCUCCCAACAGCUUCCAUUGCCAUCUCGUCAAAGUAGCUAGAAGAUUGAACUGUCUUUCUAGAGAGGCAAGGCCCUCCUCUGUCUAUGAAGUAUGCACCAGCUUCUGAUCUUGGCUUCCUUGUGUCUCUCCUCUCUUCCUGGGAUUCCUGCUAUUUACCAAAAGCCAAAUGGGAAUCCAGCCACGCCGGUGCCCCUCCAAUACUUGCUGGAGCCAGUGAACAAACUGGUGCACACCCAGAGAGGAGCCACCAUCACCCUACCUUGCAUUUUGCAAGUGCUACCUCAAAACUAUAAGGUCAGAUGGAGCAAGGUGGAGCCAGCUGAAUAUAUGGAGAUUGUUAUCCUGAUCACCAACGGUGUGCACCACAGAACCUAUGGUCCGCUGGGCAGCCGGGUCCGCCUGAGGCGCAGCCACCGCUACGAUGCAUCCCUUACAAUCUCCAAUGUAGCGCUGGAUGAUGAGGGGCGCUACCGCUGCCAGCUGAUCAAUGGCCUGGAGGAUGAGAGUGUUUCUCUGGUUCUGCAGUUAGAUGGUGUCGUCUUCCCCUACCAGACCAGCCACGGGCGCUACAAAUUCAACUAUCCUGAGGCCAAACAGGCUUGCCAAGAGCAGGACUCCCGCCUGGCAACCUAUGGGCAGCUUUACAAAGCUUGGACAGAAGGGCUGGACUGGUGCAGUGCAGGAUGGGUCAUGGAAGGAACUGUGCACUACCCCAUCAUUAACUCCCGUGAACCCUGUGGAGGACGCCUUCUUCUCCCGGGGGUCCGAACUUAUGGCACCAGGGACAAGCUGAAAGAUCGGUUUGAUGCCUUCUGUUUCAGUUCAGCCGUGAAAGGCCGGGUCUAUUUCAUCCGGGGCCACCUGAAUUUCAAAGAAGCCACCCAAGCCUGCCGCAACGAUGGAGCCGUCCUUGCCAAGGUUGGGCAGCUCUAUGCGGCCUGGAAAUUCUCCCAGCUGGACCGCUGUGAUGGAGGCUGGCUUGAUGAUAGCAGCGUGCGCUACCCGAUCACCACCCCCCGCGCCCAUUGUGGAGGAGUCCCAGACCCCGGCAUCCGCAGCUUUGGGUUUCCCAGCAAGUUCCGGAAGAAAUACGGGGUCUACUGCUUCUCGAUGAAGUAGAGAGGGUGAGAGAGGCAGACUGAGGAGAGGACAACUUAGGUGCCAGCUAGGCCCAAAGAGACCCACAGAAAAUGGCACCACUUUGUUUAAUUGGUGCAAAAUAUUUCUUUCCCUAAGGAGACCCUUGGUGGAUGUUGGUGUCUCACAAGGACUUUUCCUAGCCCUGACCGUUCCUUGAUCCUGGUCAUAAGCUAAGGAUGGAGCUCGUGUGUCAAUAUGACUUUGGAACCACCCAAACUUUCACAUGGUUGUGUCUGUGCUUAGACAGGGGCAUAGAACUUUGCAUGCAUUUUUGGUGCCUUCUCCUGACUUUUUCUUCUUGACCUUGCACAACCUCCAACUUUUCCCUUGUUUUAGAUGGAGGCAUCCCACCCACCCACUGACACAUGAUCCCACUUUAUCUAAAGCUGCAAAAGACACUAUCUAUGGCCCCAUAUUUACAGCAGUAUCAUACCACUUUAAAUAGCCAUGGCUUCCCCCAAAGCAUCCAGGGAACUGUCGUUUGUGAAGGGUCCUGAGACUUGUUAGGAGAACUCUGAUCCUCUCACAGAACUACCAUUCCCAAUGUGGUUUAAUGCGGGAAAGUGUGCAUAAGAAUGAAUAUCUUAGUGAAAUUAGCAUACCAAAAAGCAAUAUAUUAAGGGAAAUUUACACACACAUGCACAAAACCCAGUGUAUUCUAGGUAUGCCAAAUCCCAUUAUCUUGACCGAAUACUUUCAUUCUUUCAGUAAUAGUUAGUACCUCUGAAAACAGGUACUAACUUUACACCAAAUGUUCUCUUAACAUGGACAAAGUUUGCUUGCAAUUGACCAUUGCUCCACUC